AUGUCGCGAAGUGCACGCCCGCCGUCUCAUGCCUCCUUUCUUGGACGUGCAAGGUUCUCCUCGGGACCUAUCGCUCAUUCUGCGGGUAACUCGCCCUCGAAGACGGGGAAUCGGAACAAAAUAGGAGGGCCGCCUCCAUAUGGACGGGUGGGCGUUGACGCCGCUCUUGCCGCAUCUUCAUCUUCCGCGGCGAAACCUACCCUGUUCGAGCGUGAAUUCUCUCUCGCAGACCGUGUCGCAUUGGUGACCGGUGGGAACAGAGGACUCGGAUUAGAGAUGGCCAUGGCUUUAGCAGAAGCAGGCGCCCAUGCCGUUUACUGCGUUGACCUCCCUGAGAAGGCUAGUGAAGAAUGGACCACGGUUAAGGAAUACCUUGGUCGAAUGCAGGGAAAAGCUGGCGAAGGCAGGCUAGAAUACAUCAGCGCUGACGUGCGCGACCAGGACAGGAUGUGGAAAAUCGGGGAGAUGAUCGGCGACAGGGAGGGCCGGAUGGAUGUUUGCGUUGCUGCGGCAGGCAUUCUCAAGCCGCACACAGAUUGCCUGGAGUAUCCAGCCAAGCAGUUCCAAGAAGUCAUGAGCGUGAACGUCAACGGAGUCCUAUUUACUGCGCAAGCAGCCGGCAGGCAGAUGGAUCGGUUCGGAAACGGAGGCAGCAUAGUGUUGAUCGCGAGCAUGAGCGGAACUAUCACGAAUAGGGAUCAACAUUGGGUGUCCUACAACAGCUCCAAAUCUGCCGUUAAACAAAUGACGCGUAGCAUGGCCUGCGAGCUUGGUCCGAAGCGCAUCAGGGUCAAUUCGCUCAGCCCAGGUUACAUCUAUACAUCCAUGACAGCAGCAUACUUUGACAAGCAUCCGCACCUGAUUGAGGUCAUGUCGAAGUCGAGCCCACUUGGGAGAAUCGGCCGUCCGGACGAGCUGAGGGGCGUUGUAACCUGGUUGGCGAGCGAUGCGAGCACGUUCUGCACGGGAAGCGAUAUACUCAUCGAUGCUGGACUUCAUGCAUGGUAAGAAGGGCCAAGGCGACAGAUAUUGCACGAAGGAGGAUGGAGUCAAAGUCAGAAUAAAGUGUAUCUCUGCAGAAUAGCCAGAUCUCGAG